CCGCCCGGGGCGGCGGCGAACGGCGGAGGGAGGGCAAGGGAAAAGCUCGGUGCGGACCGGGGCCCCCCGCGGGCCCGGCGGCGGCCCCUCCUCCCGCCGCUCCGCGCGUCCCUCCCCGCGGGUUUGUGGCGCUGUGCCGGGGGAGGAUGAACGGAGGAUAAAUGGUGCCCAAGGCGGACAGCGGCACCUUCCUCCUCCUCUUCCUCCUGGUGCUGAGCAUCACCGAGCCGCUGCGGCCAGAGCUCCGCUGCACCCCAGGGCAGUUUGCUUGUCGGAGUGGAACCAUUCAGUGCAUCCCUUCAAACUGGCAGUGUGAUGGAUGGCCCACCUGCGAGGACGAGAGCGAUGAAGUUGACUGUCCGGGCUUGACAGGGGACCAGCGAACUUACCAUGGGAAGGAGAAUGUGGACUCCAGGCACAAUCGGGGGAGAGGAGGAGAGACCACCCGCUUCCACACCGUCAACGUGGCACAGCCUGUCCGCUUUAGCAGUUUCCUAGGAAAGUGCCCAACAGGAUGGCACCACUAUGAGGGCACAGCCAGCUGUUACAAGGUGUAUUUAAAUGGGGAGAACUACUGGGACGCUGUGCAGACAUGUCAGCGGGUGAACGGAUCCCUCGCCACCUUCACUGCAGACCAGGAGCUGAGGUUCAUCCUGGCACAGGAGUGGGACUUGGAAGAAAAAACAUUUGUAAGGAAGGACCAGCGUAGGUUCUGGGUGGGAUAUCAGUAUGUGAUCACCAAUCGAAAUCACUCUCUGGAAGGUCACUGGGAAGUAGCUUAUAAAGGCUCUUCAGAAGUGUUUUUACCCCCUGACCCUAUCUUUGGUACGGCUAUGUCUGAAAAGGAAAACGUUCUUUGUGCUCAGCUCCAGUGUUUCCAUUUUCCUACCCUCCGGCACCAUGGUUUACACAGCUGGUAUGCUGAAAACUGCUAUGAGAAAUCUUCAUUCCUCUGCAAAAGGAGCCAGACUUGUGUUGAUAUCAAAGACAACAUUGUUGAUGAAGGCUACUAUUUCACUCCCAAAGGGAAUGAUCCCUGUUUGAGCUGCACGUGUCACAACGGUGAACCUGAGAUGUGUGUGGCUGCUCUGUGUGAGCGGCCCCAGGGCUGUCAGCAUUAUCGAAAGGACCCCAAGGAGUGCUGCAAAUUUACCUGCUUAGACCCAGAUGGCAACAGCCUGUUUGACUCAAUGGCCGGUGGAAUGCGGCUGAUCGUGAGCUGCAUCUCCUCCUUCCUCAUCCUCUCUCUGCUGCUCUUCAUGGUCCAUCGGCUGCGCCAGAGGCGGAGAGAGCGCAUAGAGUCUUUGAUUGGAGCAAAUUUGCACCAUUUCAACUUGGGCCGCAGGAUGCCUGGAUUUGAUUAUGGUCCCGAUGGUUUUGGAACUGGCCUUACUCCACUGCAUCUUUCAGACGAUGGGGAAGGUGGAGCAUUUCAUUUUCACGAUCCCCCUCCACCCUAUACUGCUUACAAGUACCCAGAUAUUCAACAUCCUGAUGACCCACCUCCUCCUUACGAGGCUUCUGUCAAUCCAGACAGCAUCCUCUGUUCCACUCCAGAUGGAGUUCUUUCUCAGGCUGUGCAAAGCAGUCCUCCAUCACUAGGAAACUGUGAUGUAUCCCCACAGCUUACAGAGGGAUCGCUUCCUCCCUCAGUUGGUCCCUCUCCAGUGGAGCUGGAAGACUCUGCUGACAGCAGCACCUUUCUUGUCCCUCCUGACACACCCAUAAAUGAAAACACCCCAGCAGAAACUUUGACAGGCAGCCAUCACAGUCACUGUUCCCUCAACACCAUUGUAUAGAGGAGUGAAACGCCCAGCACCGCUCAGAGUUCUAGCAGCUGUUUGCACAGACAAACACUAAUCCGUGGCUUGAACUUCAGAAGGAAUCUCCACUUUGUUUUUCAAACACUGCUUUUAUGUUCUAGAUUAGGAUCGUGCCUCUCGUUUUUUGGCUGUCGUUAUUCAUUCACUAAUCAAUUUGUCCUGUAAAUAUGGAUUGUACAACUGCUCUUUUUUUCCAUUGGCUAUGGAAAGGAGAGCAGAGAAUUCCUUUGACUUCUGAGGAGGUGAGAAGUAUGGGUAGUUUGGGUUGGUUUUUUUUUUCCUUGACCUGAGAGGAAUCAAAAUCUACACCAGAAAAAAAGCUGCUUGGAUUUGGCUGGAUACCACUGGACCCAGGAAACAGACAACGGAAAAGAAGGGUGGGGCAAUCCUUGUUCAAGCAGAGAAGAUGGAGCUGCAGGGGAGGGGGGCUUGGGGGCCUGUUUUAUGGAGUGGGACACGUCCAUCAAGAGUUACACUGUGUAAAACACUUGGGGUUUUGAUCUGCCUUGAUCAGAGCACCAGAGGAACUGGAAUGUGUACACAAAUGUGUGGCAAGUGGGUACUGAGAAAAUCAGGAUUUGUAAUUAGUUAUUUGUUGUCGGUAACUGCAAAACCUCAUAUUGUUGGAUAAACUUCUGGCCCAUGAAGAAAACUGGGUCUGUGUGAUGUCCCUUUGGUAGAACCCUCACAUAUGUUAGGAAGUACUUUAGUGAAGAGAUGAGGAGCUUUGUUGCAGCCUGAGUUCACUGUAUGAAGCCCCUGUUUGUUCCAAUCCCAUAAGGAAGAUUGAAGUAUUUUCUUUCUAGUUCAACUUCUUUACAGUGAAUGGUUGCACAAAACUGGCCUGGAUAAAAGACCACUGUUCUUGCUUUACUUAUUGCAUGCUAUAUUUAGCAUGUGUGUUCCCUCCCCUUCAUUUCACUUCCUUACAGUUCUACAAAUACCACUUAAAAAUGGUGAUCAACAUGUACUGUAGGUGAUGUUUGAUUCUAAUUGGACACCUGUUCCUUAUCUCAGUCCCAUAAAUAGCCAACCCUGUUCUAGAGAUUUCCCCCGUGCCCCCCAAACCAUUUAUCCAGGUCCCACAAGGGGUUAUAAUGAGGUUAGUGUAUUAAAUCAAUAAAGCAGUUUGCUGCAGUCUGAUAUGUCAUCUUAAAUUUCCCCCUCGUAUUGAACUCUUUAAGCUAAGUUAAUUUACAGAUGGCAAAGAUUCAUUCAAUCCCUCAUGAAACCCAAAGUCAAACACUGUUGGUUUUGAUAAUGAGUACAAAAUAAUCUUUACAGGCAAUUUUAAAUUUAAGUUUCAGUGUACAAAUAAUUUACCCUUUUCUCCCAUCCUCCCAUUGCCUCUGCUUCUCCUUGACUUACUGUAACAGUCAGCAGAUGAGAUGAAUUUUAAGGAAUUUGUAAAGAAUGCCUCUUGUGAGUGGUCUCCUGUUACCUUAUGAAGGGUACAAGCCUAGAGGGACAGGAAGAAAACACUGCAUGGGGGUGUGUAUGUGAUCUAUUUUUCUAGUAACGAUGAGAAAUCAUACUUGUAUGACAAAUCCUAACCCACUGUUGUGCUUUCCCAGUGCAGCUGACUCUUUCCCCAUGGAAUAUGCUGCUACUUUCUAUUCCCUGUCUUGCCUAUAGGGUUAUACUGUACUUGGGGAUUGGUCUUGACAAUUCAACUCAUUUUGCACAGGAAACUGUGAGUUUUGUUAUUGAGGUCGUAUCUGGUGUCUCGACAUGCAGACACUUGCAAACAGCCCUGACUCCAUCGGAGAGCGUGAAUCACAGUUCUGGGGAGCGCUGCUGGCACACGAGUGGGAGGAAGCACUGGUAGGAAGCCUCUCCUGGAGCCAUUCCACCACCCCAUCCUGCUCUCUGCUGUGCCUGGCUCCAGCAGCAGUGGUAUGAAACGAGAGGAGCAGUUCUCCAUCCUGUGGCAUCUCUGACCGACUCCUCCUCCGAGUUCCAAGUCCUGGUCUAAUGAAGUGGAUGGAUAGCAGUAGUCAGAACCAUGCAUACAAAUUAUUGAGCAUUUCUGAAGUAUGAAAAUAAAGCGGGUUUUGUGCGUUUUUGAGCACAUUCAUACGUUUUAUACAUUGUAUGUACUGAUUUUUCUUUAGUUUUAUAGGUACGAAUGCGUGUGUGCGUGUGUGUGUUUCUGGGUGGUGAUAUAUAUAUACACACACAUAUAUAUAUCUCUAUACAUACUGUAGGCAGUAACCUUUGUGCUGCAUCCAGCUAGGUGAAGCUAAGCACUGAGAUAGAAAUUAGACUCUAGGGUUAAUACUUCUCUCGAGCUGGCUACACUCUUGUAGCACAGGCUGUGAUAGUGUACACUUAAAUAGGAUGCAAAGUCUAUGCUACUACAAUCUGUUCCUGAAAAAUACUUUGUUAGCAGCGCAAAAUAGAAAGUUUCCAAUUUCUUUUGAAGCCAGAUGGAAUAUUUGUUCUUUGUAGUAUCUUAACGCAAUAACAAAAAGCCUUUUGGGCUUGGUUCAGUCUCUGAAGCUGUAUUUUGUGGCUGAGGUGAACAGAUACCUUACCUCACACUUCUCCUAAUACUGCGGGAAUCUGUUCAAUAUUUUUGUAUUUUACUUUUGGUUCUGUGGUGAAUUUUAUUUGCAAAUAAGCUCUGUUACAACUGGCAACUUCAUUGUGGCUCCUGGUUGUAGCUAUUCCAAAUGGAGGCUUCUUUAUAGAAGCCUCAGUGUGAUAUUUUCCCCAUUGCUUCUGAGCCUUUCCCACUUGUAUAUUGGCAGGAGGCUGCUAUUUUCUCUGUUUUCCCCUAUCCUUCUUCAUCUUAACUGUAAACAAGGGAAAUUCUGCCUUGAAUGGAGCAGCUCACUAAGUACAGCUCAUUUACCUCUUGGUGAGCUUUUAAUUUGGCAAUAAAAUUGUCAUUUCCCCCCCCCCCCUUUUUAAUGUAGCUUUUUCACAUUGAGUACUUUCUCUUGAAGUAAGAGCCUUUGUAGCAGAAAAUGUCCCAGCUACUCAGACUGCUGGACCAACUGGGGAAGAGUUAGGUUUUCUUGACAACGGUGGAGUCCUCAGCAAACCUUCCUUGCCCUUGGCCAGGUGACUGGUGGGCAGUUUGUCCUGAGUGCCGGUGACAGAGGGUUGGUGCUUGCCCAAGGAAAACCUCUCUGGUUUGAUUGCCAUUAGAUUGAUGAGAUCUUUGGAGUUACUUUCUGCAUUGAUUUUUUUCCUCACUGCCAUUCACAUUUCUGGAUGUUUUUCUUAACAACUGGUGCAUUCUAAACAUCCCUGCAGCCCCAGCAGGGAGAUGGCAUUGCCACAUGGUUUCCAGCAGCCCAGGCUGUAUUUUUCUUGGGAUGCCCUUGACCGCAGUCAUUGCAAAGUCCCAGCGCUCGGUUCCGUGCCGGGCUGGUCUUGUCCCACUGUGGCCUCGGACAAAGCUGCUCCUCAGCCUCCCUGUACUGUGGUGCCAUAUCGAGGUCUCUGCUGUUCCCUGAGAGCAGCCCCAGACACUCUGGUUUGUCAGUGAUGCCCAUCCACAGUCUCACAGCAGCCUCUGGCUCUGUACUGGGUGAGUUUGAAGUGUUACAGGGGCGGUGGGUUCUGUUGUGCAGGAUCAACACCAUCAUUCACGUGUGCAAGGAGCUUGUCUCUGUCAUGUUCAGUCCUGUUUAGUUUGAGCUUCAGACUCUUCCUGUAGCUGUGCACAGCAGGACACUGAUCUAGAUGAAAAAUGAAGUAGCUGGACAUUUUUUUUCUGAAAGCUGAAUCUUUGAGUCGGUGGCUGCUCUGCCUCCACAUGUGUCGUGGGGUGCUGGUCUGUUUGAGUACUUGGGAAGAAAAUGUUUUUUAUGACCAGUAAUUAUUACCAUUCUUUCCCAUCUCAUGUUAAAUAAAUUUGAACCUGGUACUUAAAGAUGGUUUUAUCUUUCAGAUGUGACUUCUCAGUGGCAAAACACUGAUGUUUUAAUGUUGCCUCGUACAAUCCAUAAUGUGCGUCUCCUUUUUUCAGUUGCUGAAACGUCUUUUUUCUCCCUAGCUAAGGAACAUGUAAUAAGCAGAAAUUUCUUUUAAAUUUCCCUUGCAAGCUGGGAGCUGGACUGUAAAAUUAGAGUAGUUGAGUGUAGAGGAGGUGAAUCAAAGUUCAUGUUUGUUUCUCAUGUUCCCCAGUCCCAAGUGAAAUAGGUGUUUCCUUGGAAUAGAUGCUUUCAGUGAUGAAGAUGCUCUUCCCCCUAACAAGAGUCAGCAUUGCCUGCCUGCUACGGUACCACAUAGCUUUAAUUUUCUAGUAUGUGCCCCUCGAGUGUUGAGUGGGUCAGGGUUGAUGGCAGCAGAGGUGGCUGUGCUGCACCAUCCCUGUGUUGGGCUGAGGGCGCCUGGGAGGCUGUGAGAGAAUGAGACACUGCUUUUUACCUUCCUCUGGAAAAUAAUUUUAGCCAGCGCUGCACUUGCAGGCUUCUCCUGUGUAGUUGGUUUGUGACUGGACUUAACUGUGGCAGUGUAUAAAAGAUUUUGAUAUUCUGUGAAAUACCAUGUAGAAUUUAAAUUUGAUACUAUAAUAAUUGAGUCCCUGUGACACUGGUUUUUGUUUUAACUUCUUUGGGGUUGGCACUAAUCUCUUUUUUUUUUUUUUUCUUUUUCAAGAUGCUGUGAGAAACAUUUCAUCUAAAUGCCAAAUAAAUUGUGUUCUGUAAGAGAAA